AUGUUGUUCACCAAAUCUCCAAUCAAGCCGGCGACGAGCAUCGACAGCAAUGUAUGGUACCACGUCACCGAAGGCCGCGUCGACAGGGCCGGCCGAAAGUUCGGAUCCAUGCUGCAGGUAGACAAGUCGACCGGCGGGCUCAAAGUCUUUCCAAUUACCAAACCCCCUUACUACUGGCAGUUCCAAGCCCUCAACUCCUCCGCCUCCGCCUCCCCGGCGCUCUACGUCGUGCGCAACUCCCUCGACGGCGCCGCCAAGCAGCUCUCCGCCUGCCGCAACGAGACCGAGCCCGCCGACGGCCAGACGGGCCUGUGCAUGGCGCCCGCCAACGGCGCCGACGACGCGCAGGUCUGGCAGAUUGACCAGUGGGGGGGCAGCGGCGACAUGGCGCGCGACGGCCUGCGCUUCAUCAACGCCGCCAACGGGACCGGCCUCUGGCUCGACGUCCACAGCGGCAACCCGCCGUUCAUGAACAGCAGCAUCGACGCGGACGGCGACAAGGGCGAGCCCUCGCAGCACUGGUACAUGACGAGCGCGCAGGCCGUCAACGCAAUUGAGUAUUCGACCAUUCAGACCAUUGAUCCUGCCAGUGCCGGAGCGACAGCAACGACGGCCUCAACGACAGCAGAUUCAGAGGCGACAGCUUCGGCAACCAGCGGCCCGGAUAGUACCAGCGGCCUGUCGACAGGCGGGCAAGCUGGAAUCGGCAUUGGCGUCGGCCUGGCCGUCAUUGCGCUGGCUGUUGCCGCGUUGUUCCUCUGGCGUCGUCGCAAGGCACAGAACCUCGCCAGCACAAGCAGAUCCCUGCCGCCGAUUGGCAGCGAGAAGAAGUUCCAUCAGCUACCGAGCGAGCUGCCCGACGCGGACGCGGCCGCCAGCCCCCACAGCGCGGCCUUUCACCUGCUGCAGGAACUGCCCGCCACCGCGGCGCGGUCCUCGUCGCAAAUAGCCCACGAGGCGCAGACGCAACGCUACGAGCUAGACUCGACGCCUGUCGUUCCACGGUAG